AUUUCCGAGUCGGGGCGGAAGUGACGUUUGAAGACACCCCUACGAAUGUUAGCGCAGUUUUGGGCGAAACAGCCGAACUUCCAUGCAUUAUCAAUGGCCUUGACCCAACAAUACUUGUAAUGUGGAUCAACAAGAAGACCUCCACUCCUUACUCCAUAGGACGUAUGAUAUUUACCGGUGAUGAGAGAUUUGGAUUCACCUCUUCAUCAUCAAUUGUCGAUUGGAGUGUAUUACUCCGAGACGUCAAACAAUCGGACCAAGGGAUCUUCACCUGUCUGGCCAAUACAAAACCCAAGAAAAUCCGGGACAUACACCUGACAGUACUGAGCCCUCCUAAGAUAACUAACUCCUCCGCGGAAACAACAAGUGUCAUCGCCGGCGAUACUGUGGAGCUUAUGUGUAUGGGCGAAGGAUCUCCACCACCAACAGUGUCCUGGUACGAAGAUAGUCUGACGGGUAGAAAUAUGGUUGGAACAAGCGCGAGACUACUGAUUCACAACAUCUCGGGAAUAUCUGGCGGACAUUACCGAGGGUACAGAGAGUAUCAUUGUUCCUUGGACAAUGGCCACCCGCUGGUUGUAUCGAGGAAGUUUCGAGUGGAUGUACAAUCUGCACCAAACCUACAGCUCGUCACUCCUAGUGACAGAAUUGUGCCCGCCGGAAAUGACGUCAUGAUGGCAAUACGCUGCACAGGAAACCCUUCUCCAAUGGUAGAAUGGAUUCAUAAUGGUUAUGCCAUUGAGCAAGGUAACAAGAGAUACAAAGUCGACUCUCAGGAAGAUUACAUCAACUCAUUAACAAUCACUGGUGUGAAUGAAGACGAGUUCGGAUUUUACAGGGUUCAAUGUGAAAACAUGUUUGGCCAUACAGGAGCUGUUUUCCAAAUAAAACAACUCGUUCCCCCGGAUAUCGACCUAACACGUUCCAGUGGAAACCAGACUGUGUAUCUCGGAGCCUCUCUGAAUGUAUCCUGUUACAGCUCAUCAGAAACCGCCAUGUUUAACUGGUACAAAUCAGGAGAUCAGGGCAUCAGUCAAUCACCAGUAGGGUCGGGGAACACGUUGUCAUUCCAAUCAGUCAAAGCCUCUGACGCCGGAACUUACGUGUGUAUGACCGGAAACAUCGUAGGAUACACAACACAUCAUAUCACCAUCACUAUUCGAGAAUUAAUAUUCCCAAGGAUACCGAAGUCGCGUUUAAUUAAAACAAUAUCGCGAUAUCUUUCAAAUGGACCAAGCUUCUAAAGGUAAGUGGGUGAUCCAGUUGUCACUAACACUAAUUAAGGAAACAAAUGUAUUCCAUAUUGGAAUCCAUGUACAAUGUGCUUUCA